UUUAUAUUUUAGUUUCCACCUGGAACCAUGCAUGUCGAAGCGUAAACACGGGCGUGCUACUCUGCCUCUCACCUUCCCGAUCACUUCUCCGCUGGCUACAUCGUUCAGAAUCGCCAUCCCAACACCCUCGCCACCAGUCCAACUCUCGAAUCACUUCUUCACCUCAAUGAAGCGUCCAAUGCUCCUAAACCCAAAAAGGACUUGGUGGAGCGGGCCCAUUCAUCACCGAUGCUUCUCGCUACGCAUCUGCAACGCCGACUACAACUCAACCACUCCACCAUUAAUGACGACGGUCACUAUUCAAGUUAUUCUUCAAGUUCUAUGUUUCAACCGCACCAUCAGGCACUCAACUAAUAUUAGCCAUGAGUCUCAUAACGAUGAGACUGCCGCUAUCGCAAGUAUGUUGAUACAGAUUUCUUCGAGGAAGAAAGAUUGUAUGGGUAAACGACCGUCCUCCCCCAACCGCAUACCAUGGCCCCCCUUUGUGACUUACAAGAAUGAUCAUGAUACAAAUGCUGUUUACACAUGAGGAAGGGCAAAGGUAUAUACCUACAAUUGAUGCUCGCAAGGAUCCGGG